AUGUGCGCCAGGAUCUUAUUUUUAGCGCUGUCGACGGCUUGCUUUAACUGCUGCGAAAGUUAUAAAUACGCCGUCGGCGCAGUCGCGUUCAGCUUCGAGAGAGAGAGAGAGAUGUCGAAGGCCGAGUACCGUCUGGUCAAGGCCAAGCUCCGGACCGCAUGCAGCCAGCGUCGCAUUCGUCUCGAGGAAUUCAUGAAAACGUUUGAUGUGCACAAAACCAAGAAAAUCACGACGGAGCAGUUCACGCGCGCCAUCGACGCGAGUGGAAUCCGCCUCUCGCCAGGCGAAAUAGACCUCUUGGUCACCAAGUACAGGCUUCCGGACGACCCACGCACCAUCGACUACCGGCGAUGCUGCGACCUCAUCGACAAGCCAUGCACGAUCAAGAACGCUGAGAAACACCUGACAACAACCCCGUCCAAGCCGACGAAAGCCACCGCGUCGUCGUCCGUCACCGUUCAGCACGUGCUUGUCGACGACGAAGCGUUGCGAUCCGUCAAGGACAAGCUCGCGACGGCCGUUCGCACCAAGGGCGUUGUGCUGAAAGACGUGUUCCAUGACUUCGACAAGAACAACUCGGGCGUUGUGACGAAAGCGCGGUUUGUGCGCGAUCUGGCGUCGGUGAUCGGCGAAGUCUCGCUGCGGGAAGUGGACGCGAUCGUCAAAGCGUAUGGCGCAGGGCCGUUGGACGUCAACUACAGACAGCUGCACUGGGACCUUCAGCAAGGAUCGUCAAGCGCAGGCUCCGACUCGUCGGGAAACAACAGCUCGUCGCCGCGCCCGCGGCGCCGCACGUCGAACCAAACCAGCGCCACCGACGUCGAGGCCGUGGAAGGGCCGUUACGAGACAUCGUCGCGCGCGACCGCAUUCGCAUGAAGAACUUCUUUACGGACUACGAUCGGAUGCGUUCUGGCAAGUGCGCGGAAGGCCAGUUCCAACGCGCUGUCAAAGUUUGCUUUGGCGCGCUCACGGAAAAAGACCUCGAGCUUCUCGUCACUGCUUACAGCGUGCCGUCCACACACCCAAGCCACGAACGCAAAGUGGACUACGUUGCGUUUUGCAAGAGCGUGAGUUCCAUCUUGCCCGUUCCACGGGACAGCGACGACGAACGAGUGCAUGUCGACGUUGCACCGCUUCCAGUCGCCCCAUGUACCCGCGAUACCCGCGGUGAUCUCACGGACGCCGAAGCUGCGUCAUGGAACGACGUGAUGACCCGACUCAGCCACACUGUCGCGACCCGCCGCAUCCUCCUCAAACCACUCUUUUGCGACUUUGACCGAGGGAAAACCGAGUGUGUCACUUGCGAGCAGUUUGCCCGGGUUCUGGCAAUGUACAACAUGUUUUUGACCUCGGCUGACGAGAAACAAGCCAUCUUGAAACGAUACGCCAGCACGCGCCUCAAUACGCUGCCGGCAUCUCGCCUCGCGUUCGACAACAAAGCGUUUGUGAACUUUAAGACGUUUUGCUUGGACCUGGACGAGUUCCAGCGCCGCCUGUCGGCCACUGCCUCGACGCCUGCUGCUGCGACGCCCUUGACCGGCCACUCGCCGAAAGCUGACGGUCACGUGUCCGAAGCUAACACCCAACGCACCUUGCCCAUGCUAUUGCGAUAUCUCAAACAAAAAGCCAAGCGCGACCGGAUCCGCAUCGACGAGUACUUUCGCGACUGCGACAAGCUCCGCAAGGGCAAAAUCACGCGGUCCCAAUUUGCGGCGGGGUUGAAUGCCGCGGGGUUUGUUUUGAGCAAUGCGGACGUGGCCGUCCUGUCCGACGAGUUCAAGUAUGCCUCGGACCGCGACGUCGAAGGCGCCGCGCUCGUUGCAUGGACGCGCUUCGCCGAUGAAAUCGACUCAGUCUUUACUGUGAAGGGACUUGAACGAGAUCCCACCAAGGACAUUCGCCAAGCCAUCGAGGUUGCGGAGCAGACGGACGCCGUCGUUGACACUAUUCUCGCACCGGAAGACGAAGCCAGUGUUGUGGCAGCCUUGCAAGAGAUGGCGACGAUUAUCCAGCAACAACGCUUGGACAUUCAACCACCGUUUGAGGACUUUGACUUGUCGAACCAAGGAUCCGUGUCGGCGUCCAAGUUUCAGCGGGUGUUGUCGAUGGUGAACCUGUUGCCAUCGAAUCCAACGACGACACGGUUGCUCACGGUCAAGUUUUCCGAGCGCGGCAAUGCACCCCACUUGGGUGUGAGCUCGACGUGCGAUGUCAACUACCGCGCGUUUCUAUCAGCAUUGACCAACCUUGCCCCGGGCAACGACGCAUCGUCGACGACGGUGUUGCCGGGGGCUAGGGAAUUCCGUUUGCGCCAGGCACAUGGACACGGAGACCCAUUGACGGCGGAGUCCACCCGCCGCCACGCAAAGCCAGCGCAUGCCGUCGCGCUGGAGGCGCUGCUCAAGGAUAUUCGAUUGCAAACCGACACGAAACGCAUCCGGCUCAAGCAAUUCUUCACCGAGACGGACCGACUGCGCUGUGGGGACAUCCCGGUGGCCAAGUUCCACACGGCGAUCAACCGUAGCGGGCUCCAUGUUGAUGCGAACGACGUCCUCACUCUGAACAAAGCUUUCCAAUCGACGACGAAGCCCGACUUGAUCAACUACCGAGCGUUCAUUACGGCCGUCGAGUCCACCGCCCACGUUGAGGAUUGUCGAGAUGACAUUGCCGUAACUAAGCCAUCUGAAGCCUUGGACGCCCUUCUUGGACGAAUUCGAACGACCGUGGACGUGAAGCGGCUGCAUAUCAAGCCGUAUUUUGAAGACUACGAUCGGAAUUGCCUGAUGCACGUGACCAAGACCCAGUUCGCGUCCGUGCUCGACAUGAUGCAACUCGAAUGCUCCCCGCAGGAAAUUUCACUUCUCACGUCGACGUACUGCGUCCGCCACGGCCGCGAAGUCAACCCCGACGUCAACUACCUCCGGUUCAUCCAAGACGUGGACCAAGUGUACUCACACUUGAAGCAUCCAGUCGGGGUCAAGGCUGCUGUCAAGACCAUCGCCAAGUAG